AUGAACCUACGCCGGAAUGGUGUAGACCGGCUUCUUCUACGUGCCAGGACAACGGCGCAUCCACGAGGAUCUCUUCUACUAGCCAUAGCACGCUCGCACCGACAGGCGUCCGACAGCUCACGGGACCGCGACCCAGCUUCAGACUGGCCGAACCCCGUCUCCUCCUCGUCCAUCAUCGUCCGCUCCAAGUCCACCUUCGAGGCAUUCGCAUCAAAGCUGCCAGAACGCCAUGGGCGCAGCGAGCCCGACUGUGCCUCCCAGGACGUCUCGCGCUUCCUAGCCCACCUCAAGGGCACCACGUCGCGUACGCGGCGCGCGACACACGCGAUGUGGGCCUGGCGCAGUGGGUCGGCGAACCCGAACGGCGCCCGGUCGUGUGCGGACGACGGCGGCGAGGCGGGUGCGGGCGAGAGGCUCGAGCGCCUGCUGGAGCUCUCGGCGUGCGAGGACGUCGUGCUGGUCGUCUUUCGGUGGUAUGGCGGCGUGCAGCUCGGAUCGCAGAGGUGGAAGUGUAUCUCGCAGGUGGCCAAGGAGGCGCUGGAGGCUGGGCAGUUUCGCGGCGGCCAGCCUGCGGAGGGUGGGCCGAGGCGACGGUAG